CAUUAUGUCUCACGUCCUCCCCAAAGUCGCGCAACGCAGCACCCCCCUCCUCCGUUCCUCCAUCCGCCAGUUUCACGCCUCCUCCAAGCUAUCCUCGCGGCUGCGCCAGCCAGGCGAACCAACCGGCCCCAACGAACCGCCCCGACACACCGCAUCUCCAGAAUCGAAGUCCCCACUCAAGGUCUGGCCAUUUGUCCUCAUCUUUGGGACGGGCAGCUUCUUAUUCAAGAAGAUAGUUGAUCAAAGGAAGGGCGAAUAUCAGGCCAAGGGACCGGUUGCUGGACACUCGCCUAGUCGACCAUAAACAACACCCCGCUUGACUCCGCUCCACGAUCUCCACCGUCCGUCGUGAUGCCAGCAAUUGCAGACCUCGGCGCCACCAAGCGCACCUCUCCUAUCUGGUCCCCCGACGAUGUUACUGUAAUCUUCGUGCUCGGCGGCCCCGGCGCAGGAAAAGGCACACAAUGCAGCAAACUAGUCGCCGACUACGGCUUCAAGCAUCUGAGCGCAGGCGAUCUCUUGAGAGAGGAGCAGGACAGACCCGGCAGCGAAUUCGGCGAGAUGAUCAAGACGUACAUCAAGGAGGGCACCAUUGUGCCGAUGGAGGUCACGGUUCAAUUGCUGGAGAAUGCUAUGAAGUUGGCCAUGGAGAAGGAGAAGAAGACCAUGUUCUUGAUUGACGGCUUCCCUCGCAAGCUCGACCAAGCCCAUGCCUUCGAGCGCUCCGUCGUCCCCUCCAAAUUCACCCUCUUCUUCGACUGCCCGGAAGACGUAAUGGAAGAGCGUCUUAUCAACCGCGGCAAGACGUCUGGCCGCGCAGAUGACAACCCGGAGUCCAUCCGAAAGCGCUUCAGGACCUUCGUCGAGACGAGUAUGCCUGUCGUUCACGAGUUCGAGAGCCAGGGCAAGGUAGUCAAGGUCGAAGCGACGAAAGGGCCCGAUGACGUGUACGAUGAGGUCAAAGCGCAGCUCAAGGAGAGGGGCGUUGAGCCGAUUACGCUGAAGUUCGUGCAGACAUAACCAAAUUCUGGCGGGGAUGACAUCUGAGUGGUGGAGGUUCGUGGUUUGGGCGAAGAAGCUAGAUAUUUUAGACUAUUCGGAUAUUUCACUUUUUGGUAAACACACUUUGGUGUAUCUUCGCAUUUUCUAUCAUGCAGCGCAAGGGCUGCGCUACCCAGCCCAUUGACCCGGAAAGCCUCCGAAAUGCAUUCGCUGCCAACCCUACUUCGUUUUGGCGAAGAGAACAAGGAAAUCAGCCGCCUCUAGUCCAUAUCAUCAUCAAUCAUAGCCCUGGGUUUACCCUUGCCUCCUCC